GAUUUAGCCAUUAAAUUUGAACUAGUAUUCUUCGCAUUUUUAUUUUUCAAUUUUAAUCGUUUAAACGAGCUCAUGUUUUAUUCUGCUGAAAAGACUGGUUACAGACAUAUGUAUAUACAAUUUAUAGAAGUCUGUAAGAAUUCACUUUAUAUAUCACACAUCUUUACUAAAAAUAAAUUUACACGCUUAAUUGUAACAUUUAUAACGCACUUGAAAUAAAUUGCGCUUCGUUUAAUCGAAAAAGUUCUAAAAUUGUGGCACUACUGACUGUGGCGUAUACAGAACGACAGGUUAUUUGUUACGGUUAGGUGGAAAGUCAAUUUAAAUGUUAAAAAGUUGUACUCAAACGGUAAAAUGAAAAUGUUAAUGCAGAUGUUACAAGGUUCUUCUAUAGUUUCUGUUACAAACAGUGCAGUACAAAGGAAAGCCUUUCCUUUUUUAAAAAAAUGCCAUUUUUCUUCUCAUAAGGUUCCUAAUAAUAAAAUAACACGAAACACAGUAGUUACACCAUUUCCCCCGUUAACAAAACCUGUUCCUAAUUUACCUAAAGCAAUUUAUGCUACUACAAAGGAAGAACAUCAUGUUACUAAAGUAACAGUUUUAUCAAAUGGACUAAGAGUUGCUUCUGAAAAUCGGUUUGGCCCAUUUUGUACAAUAGGUGUAAUAAUUGACUCUGGUCCUCGAUAUGAAGUGGCAUAUCCUAGUGGUAUUUCUCAUUUCCUAGAAAAACUGGCAUUUGGAGCAACAAAAACGUAUGAGAAUAAAGAUCAAGUGCUGCUUACCUUAGAUAAACUUGGAGGGAUAUGUGACUGUCAAGUAGGAAGAGAUACAUGUACUUAUGCUGCAUCAACAGAACAUCGUGGAUUAGAUAAAGUGGUACAAAUUUUAGGUGAUAUUGUUUUAAGGCCUAAAAUUACACAAGAGGAGGUAAAUGCUGCUAGACAAAUGAUUUCCUUUGAAUUAGAAUCUUUACUUACAAGACCAGAGCAAGAACUAAUACUCACAGAUAUGAUUCAUGCUGCUGCAUAUAGAAAUAAUACUCUUGGUCUUCCAAGGAUUUGUCCAAAGGAAAAUAUUGAUGUUAUAGAUAGAAAAAUAUUAUUUGAAUAUUUGAAACAUCAUUAUACACCAAAUAGAAUGGUAGUAGCUGGUUGUGGUGUAGAACACGAAGAUCUGGUCUCAGCAGUUCAAAAAUAUUUUGUUGAUGAAAAGCCUAUUUGGGAAGAAGAGCAAGGAACAAGCAAGAGUACUUUAAAUACCGUGGAUGCAUCAAUUGCUCAGUAUACUGGAGGUUACAUGCUAGAAGAAUGUAAUAUACCCGUAUACGUGGGACCAAGUGGUCUGCCAGAAUUGUCGCACGUAGUGAUAGGUUUGGAGGCCUGUUCCCAUGAGGAUCCUGAUUUUGUACCACUAUGCGUUUUGAAUAUGAUGAUGGGUGGUGGCAAUAGUUUCAGUGCCGGAGGUCCAGGAAAGGGCAUGUUUACUCGUUUAUUUCUAAACGUACUUAACAGGUACCAUUGGAUACAUAGUGCAGUCGCGUGUAACCACGUAUAUAUCGACACGGGGCUGUUUUGCAUUCAUUCAUCUUGUACACCAUCUUAUGUCAAGGAUAUGGUUGAAGUGAUUAUACAUGAAAUGGUUUCUAUGGCAAAUUGCAUUAUGGACAGCGAACUAGCGAGAGCAAAGAAACAACUACAGUCCAUGGUAUUUAUGAAUCUGGAAACAAGGCCUGUUAUGUUUGAAGAUAUUGGGAAACAAGUUUUAGCUAUUGGAUACAGAAAACGACCAGAAUAUUAUAUAGAAGCAAUUGAUGCAGUAUCGAGAGAAGAUAUAAAAAAUGUAGUACGUCGUUUGCUUAAAUCACCGCCUAGCGUUGCAGCUCGAGGAGAAAUAAAAACCCUUCCUUCGAUCGGGGACAUUCAAGCUGCAUUGAUUGACGAACAAGGCCGAUUACCUGGUUCUCGUAGUAGACUGUCUCUUCUCCGCUAAAAUUUUUGAAAAUUAUUUAAUUUAAUUUAAUUUAUUUGCAUUAAAUGAAACAAUUCCUUUGUAUAUACAAAAAGUAAAGAUAAAGAGAACAAAUCAAUAACAUAUAAAAUAGAAAAUUAAACGAUAAAAAAGAAACUGAAGUAAAUGAAAUAAUUAAAAUAUCUAACCAUCAAUAUGUAAAGGCUGUUCUGAAAUUUACAAAUAAAGUCCAGAAAAAAAUUA